UGGGAGGGGCGACCUUGCCUACUGGCGGAACCACUCGGCCCGUCUCUCUGCUGGAGGCCUUAGGUCAGGCCCAAUCCGCGCUCUUCGGGCACAGCGCCCCCACGGGAUCUAGCGGGGACCCUGGCGAGCCGAGUCGCUGGUGACCGGGUCGGCGCGCGUCCUCCGUCCGUCCUAACACGGUUCUGGCUGCAGGAGGCGCCUGGGGAGGUACGGCCUAGCGGAGCCGAAGUCGAAGACGUCUGCACGUCCGGGCCCGUGUAGGGAAAACGAGCCCGCGGAGGGCGGGAGAGGAGCGGACUUGCCAGAGGUCCCCGAAACUCCAGAUCCCGGGAUCUUUGACCUCGGGAGGAGCCCUGCGGGUCCCGGGCUCGCUGUGGCCCCGACCCAGCCAAGCGCUGUUCCGCCGUUCCCGCACGACCUCCUCAGGGGCGGUGUUCCCCUCACCGACAGGGGCUCGGAGAGGAGGCUGAUACCUCAAGGCAGACCCGCCCGCAGCCGGUGCUCAGGCUCAGGAGCUGCACCCAGCCAUGCGCUGCCGCAGACUGGCCCUGAGCCUGGGGUUCUGCCUGCUGGUGGGCACGGCCCUCUGUGUUCUGUGGGUAUAUGUGGAGAACUGGCUGCCUUUCUCCUACCUCCCCUAUUACCUCCCCUGCCCAGCCAUCUUCAACAUGCAGCUGCAGUACAGGGGCGAGAGGCCGUUCCAGCCCGCGGCCCGGUCGCAGUACCCGCAGCCCAAGCUGCUGGAGCAGAGGCCCACAGACCUGCUGACGCUCACGCCCUGGCUGGCACCCAUCGUCUCCGAGGGAACCUUCGACGUGGAGCUUCUGCAGAGCAUCUACCGGCCACUGAACUUGACCAUCGGGCUCACCGCGUUCGCCGCGGGGAAGUACACCCGCUUCGUCCGGCGCUUCCUGGAGUCGGCCGAGCAGUUCUUCAUGCCCGGCUACCAGGUGUGCUACUACAUCUUCACCGACGACCCUGCGGCCAUCCCGAAGGUCCUGCUGGGCCCCGACCGCACUGUCAGCGUCAUCCCCAUCCAGAAGCACCCCCGCUGGGAGGAGGUCUCCAUGCGCCGGAUGCAGACCAUCAGCCAGCACAUCGCCCAGAGGGCGCACCGGGAGGUGGACUACCUGUUCUGUGUUGACGUGGACAUGGUGUUCCAGAACCACUGGGGCCCCGAGACCUUGGGAGACCUGGUAGCUGCCAUUCACCCUGGCUACUACACCGCGCCCCGCCAGCAGUUCCCCUAUGAGCGCAGGCAUGUCUCCACCGCCUUUGUGGCAGACAGUGAGGGGGACUUCUAUUAUGGCAGGGAGGUCUUUGGGGGGCGGGUGGACAGGGUGUAUGAUUUCACUAGGGGCUGCCACAUGGCCAUCUUGGCGGACAAGGCCAACGGCAUCAUGGCGGCCUGGCAGGAGGAGAGCCACCUGAACCGCCGCUUCAUCUCACACAAGCCUUCCAAAGUGCUGUCCCCAGAGUACCUCUGGGACCACAGGAAGCCCCAGCCACCCAGCCUGAAGCUGAUCCGCUUUUCUACUCUGGACAAGGACCUCCACUGGCUGCAGAGCUGACCGCAGAGCCCGGCUGCCGUGGAUGGGGCCCCAAGCCGUGCAGCCAGCUCGGCCCUCACAGGCACCCAACAGCACCAGCAGAGUGCCUCACUUCUCAAGCCUUAACUGAGACCUGCCUCGUCUUGCCUGCCUCUCUCAGGAGAAUCCCACCGGAAGCGGGUGUGGGAGGGUCUCUGGGAACUGUGGAAGGGCUGUGCCCACAGGAGGGAACACAGAGCUCAAAUGUGGCCCGAGAGUUGGGACAGGACAGGGUAAAGACAGCAGGGCUGCCAGGCGCCCGAUAGACUUGCCUUCAUGUCCUCGUGCCUUCAUGUCCUCAGGGUGGCUCUGCACCCUGCCCUCCACCGUGCCUGCAUUUCCACCUCUGACCGCUUUCCUGCCCAUUGCCCUUGGAGUUGCACUUGUCACUGCUGGUGUGAAGGGCAUCCAGGGACCCUUUUUUCUGGCUGCAGGGCUCCCAGUACUGUGAUGUCCUUGGGCCACACGGAGCCAAUUCCCCACUCAGGAGCCCGUGAACCGGACUGAGUCUGGGCUCUCUCUGGUUUCCAGUGCAGCCACACCCUGCGGCGACCACCCUCACCUGGCACUCGCUGCCUCCUUUGUAAGGAGGCUGAGGCAGCUUUAAUAAAGGUGGCCCCUGCUAGGCCCCAGCCAGGGUAUCUCCACCAGUA